AUGGCCAACACUGCGGACGUGAUCAUCUUGUCGUCCUCUCCGAAUCCACCACGCUCUCCAGGUCUGGCCGCUCAGCAUGAGAUUCAGGCACCUGGCACCUUUCCUCGAAGCACAACGCCAACGCCUGCGCCCGCUUCCAACGCGAAACCCGCGAAACCUGCGACGCGCUCGCGGUAUUUCGCCACCCCAAGUGCAGCAGAUAAAAACAACGAAAAUGCCAAGCAGCCGCGGACCCGAGUAUCAAGGAAGGCCGCAUUUCCAAAUAGCGAUGAUCAGAGUAUCGCAAGCAAACCGCAUCAGAAAUCCAAGCGCACCACAAACAAGCCAAUAUCAAUUGGACCUGGAGACCCCUCAGUGGAGGAUGCAGCUACAAAUGCAAACACACCGAAACAGAGAAAAGGUCGUCCGAGAAAGACAGCAAAGAGUAAAGCACCAGCAAAUAUGACCUUGGCUGGUAAAGUCACGAAGACUGGCGGAGAUCCGCCGCCCAAAAAUGCCAGCAAACGUGCGAAAAAGACGACCAAAACAGAUACAGAAUCGCCGGGGGAUUUUACAGAAAUACCUGCUGACGAAGAAUCGAAUGCUCUAAGGAAGGAUGAAGCUUUGCAUUUGGAUGAAGCUCUACGCAGAAGGGUUGAUUGGACUCCGCCAAGAGAGACCCUCUGCGGUGAUAUCGCAGUCAUGUGUGAUGAUAACAACCAAGAUGAAGGUGGUGCUGGUCCGAAUGGCACCCUCGGGUUUGGCAAUUCAUUAUCCGAUUUCAAUUAUAUUGGAAAUGCCUUAAACCCACGCGACCUUAUCCAGAAGUCGACCAGCGAAGCACCAACGAAACGCCGUCGUAUAGAUCUAGUAGACCCUGUGGUUCAAUCAGCCCUGAAUGGAAAGCCUGAUUCCUUCGAUCAGGCACUUGGCCAAGAUCAGGGUGUGGCUGGGAAGACCAAAAAGACAACCAACAGUAAACCUAAGAAGUUUACCACGUUGACUGCUCGGAUGACUGCACAAUAUGCAAUUGAUGACGAUCAAGAGGACGAGCCAGCGGCCGAAUGGGCGCCAGAAGUCAAACCCACGAAAAGCAGACGAUCAAAGGCCAAAGAGACAGCUCAAGAUCCCCGUUUCACCAUUCUGUCCCCAGAGGCCGCAGUUGGGUUUGUGAACGAUCAGGAUCUUGUAUUCGGUACUUGCAGUCAGCUGGAAAGAGAGGAUUCGCCCCAGACUAUGCGCGAAAUGCAACAGGCUAUCCGCGCAUCCGAAAUUCUUGCAUACUCCGAAGGCAUACGCGAUCCUCGCAACAGUCCUGGUGCCAUGCAAGGGCCGACUGUCCGCUCCGUCUCAAAAUUGACAGGAACCCGCAACUUGUGGUGUGUUGCCUCCAGGGAUACCGAGGGAUCUUUGGUCCAGGCAAAAGCACAAAAUGUGAUUGACUUGACAGAUCAGGUCGAACCGCCACAAAAGGACCUAGAAAAUGUGAACGCAAACUCACGCCAAACCCUCCCAGACAAUUGGUAUGAGCACGCAUUUGCAGAUAUCGAUCCCACGCCAGAAAAAAAAGCAUUGCCGUCUACAAUGAUCAAAGAAAGCUCGGCUUCAGUCCAGCAGGCUCAGGUGACCCUUCCAUCUCAUGCUCCAGCGCUGGCGCCAGCAUCUGAUGUGAAAGGUAUAGCUACCGAGUCAGCCAAAGGAACAGGCAGUGAUUCCACUGAGGCGGUCAAUCACCAGGCAGUUGGUCCAAAAGUGCCCGUUAUGCCAAAUUAUGCUGGGUUCACGGACGCCGAGUUGUCGAAACAGGUGUCUACUUUUGGGUUCAAGGCAGUCAGGGGCCGCAAAAAAAUGAUUGAACUCCUACGGCAAUGUUGGGAGUCGAAACAUGGCAGUAGUACCCCUGUUUGUGAGAACAUCAAUCAAAGUGGACUAGGAAAGACCGCCAUUUCCCAAUCCGUCGAAGUUCCAAAGUUGACCUCGAGAUCAAAACACACGACAAAGACGAGACCUCCUGCGGCUACCACUCUUGUCGAAGAAUCGAACGAGACAAACAUCGCGGUAUCCCAAGCGCGAACAAACAUCCAAACAAGCCCCCAGAGGCAAACUCGAGACAAAAGCGCUACUUCAAACUCCACCUCAUUCCUUGACAUCGAAGAGAUUCAAGACUCGGAAGAAGAAAUCACCCCGUCGCCAAGUCACGUACAAAAGCAUCACAAUGAAAUAUCCUCAAGAAACAAGGCAGCCAAAGGAGUCAUCAAACACUCCUUGAAUAUCCUUACAAAAACGCCGCCACAAAGUCCAACGAAGCGCAAGGUUGUCUCAUCCAAACCAUCAGUCACAAAACAAAUAAACUCCACAUCUUCUACGUGCAAGGCAAUCUCUCGCGUGAGUAAAUCUUCCGAGCGUGUCCGUCUCGCAGACAUUUCUACGCAAAUUACAAAAGCCGUUCGUAUGCAGCCGCGAUCACCAUCUCUCGGCAGCCGCAUUCACCCAACAUGGCACGAGAAGAUACUCAUGUAUGAUCCCAUUGUGCUGGAAGAUUUCACAGCAUGGCUUAAUACCGAGGGACUUGGACUUGUUGGCGAGGAUUUCGAGGUUGGCACAGCAUCUGUUAGAGAGUGGUGUGAAAGCAAGGGGAUUUGUUGCUGUUGGAAGAAGAACGCAAGCUGGUGA